UUGGAAUUUCACUAUUUUUUCACAGUGGUUGUUCUGCAUGUUGUGAUAUCACCUGUUUAAUGUGAUCUUAUUGCAUAUAUACAUGUACAGUGAUACUCCGAAUUUCUAACUUUCUUCGUUCCAGAAGACUGUUCAAGUGCCGUUACCCAACGAAUUUUUUCCCAUAAGGAAUAAUGUAAAUUAGAUUAGUCCAUUUCAGACCCCAAAAAUAUACCUAGAAAAGCACUGACAAUAAUACACUUCCAUAAUUGGUCGAGUUGGAAGCAGUUCAAAACUCAGGGUACCACUGUAAUGUAUAUGUAUAAAAGGAUGAAUAGUAAUUUGAUGAAUGCCUCAGUGACUUUUCAGUAUUCCCAGGGAUCAUGAUGAUAAUGGAUGUUGACCCAGUGCAGGAAUUCCAUAGAGCAGCAGAACAGGGAGACCUUGAAUAUGUUACUUCUGCCCUUGACGAUGGUCUCGACAUAGAGUCACCUGACCACGAUAACAACACAGCUCUUCACAUUGCUUCAGCUAAUGACCAUGAGUCAUUAGUGGCAUUCCUUCUUUCUCAAAAUGCUAAUCGUGAGGCAGCAAACAACCUUGGAUGGACACCCUUAAUGCAGGCUGCAAGACAUGGGCACAUGCAUGUUGUGAUGCUAUUGGUGCAAGCUGGGUCCUCUGUAGAUACACGAAACAGAUUAGGAAUGACAGCAUUAAUGUUGGCAUCAGUAAGUGGCCACAUGGGUACCAUCAGGGCAUUGAUAGAUGCGGGGGCUAACUUCAAUCCCAUUCCCACAAUUAGUGCUUGCCAGAUAACUCCUCUCAUGAUUGCUGCACAACAUGGCAAUGAUGCUGUGGUUCGCCUGUAUUUAGACAAAGGUGUCAAUGCUAACAAAUCGGUCCCAAAAACUGGUAUUACCCCACUGAUGUUUAGUGCUUCUGGAGGCAGCGUGUCCACUGCACAGAUCUUACUAGAUCGAGGGGCUGAUCCAGAUGCAGUUAAUGCCUGUGAUCUUACUGCUUUAGAUGUUGCUGCUGCUUGCAACAGACCAGACAUUGCUAACUUUCUACAGAAAAAGACAACUCGGCAAAAGAAGAAAGGAGCACUGUGUGAUAUAAUGGAGGCAUCACAUCGUGGAGACGUCAAAGAAGUUCAAGAAAUUCUCCUGGCAGACCCUAGUCAGUGUCAGGUUACUACAGCAGAUGGUGCAACUCCCUUAAUGGUUGCAGCGAUGCUUGGUCACAUACAUGUUGCUCAGGCUCUUCUGCAAUACGGAGCUCAUAUUGAUGCUCAGGACCAUAAAAAUGGAUGGACAGCUCUUAUGCAAGCCAUUUACCAUAGGCAGACUGAAAUGGCCAAGUUUUUGAUCCAAUGUGGAGCUGAUAUCAGUAAAGUAUCACAGAAAGGCUACACAGCAUUUGAUUUUGCGAAAGAGAUGCUUGAUAUAGAUGUAAUGCGUAUUUUUGCUGAAGCUCAAAUGAUGUCACUGGGUAUUGGUACAGCCUCAGCAGUCCCUCAGCCAGGUUGGCCUCAACAAAGCAGCAAUUCUCCAGAUCUUCCCGAUGCUCAUUCAAGACAUGGCCUUAAACAGUGGUGGAAUAGGGUAUCUAAUAGGUUCCACAAACUCAAAGGAGUGAAGCCACAGAGAGCCACUUCUCCAGAGCAAGAAAGUCUGAGGGAGCUUAGCUUAGUGCCUCCUCUAGCACCUAUUCACUAUGAUCCUAUACUUCCUCAGGAGAUCAGACUGCCACCUAUUAUGGAUUUUGGAGCUGGUAGCAUCCAUGUGACAGAAACUAUGAAAAGUAUGGUUCCACCACAUAUUUCCCCAACUGGAGGAAAGCCAGGAUUUGUGUCUAAAGCCAUGCCUCCAGGUCGCAAAAUUAUACCAGGAGGUCCUGUACAACCACCUCGCCAUGCUACAAAUUCCAAACUUUUAAAGUGGAGUAUGGGAGGUGGAGGGUUUUCACCUGGAUCAUCAUUAUCAGGUCCCAGCCCCCAGUCCUCAGGUGAAGCUAAAAGUCUGGGAUCUAUACUACAAACUAAUGGAUCACAAAAUGAGAACAACAGUGAUAACCAAAACAGAAAUUAUGGGAAGAAUCUUGGAGAAAAUUAUCUUCUUGUGUCAUCCCUGGACAGCAGAGGCUCAGGUGGCUCCUCAGUGAAAACUGUGACAUCAAAAUCAUAUAAAUCAUCAAAAUCAUCCCGGUCCAUUGCAACUCUUACACCCAACGUUACAGAGAAACCAGACGUGACCAGCGCUGCUCAUCUGACACUAAGUUUGGGUUCAGGUCAGCUUUCCGAGGUGCUCCAGAAACUGGCACUUGACCAGUACCUUGAGUUGUUCCUUGAACAGGAAGUAGACUUGGAUGCUUUCUUAGAACUUUCAGACACUGAUCUUAAAGAUUUAGGAAUAAGUACACCAUCAGCCAGAAGCAAGAUACUUGGGGCUAUUACCAGUUUAAAAUCAAAAGUUCAAACGUGAAUUUGCAAAAUAUGUAAAAUUAUUUGCCAACAAAAAUUAUUUUUCCUUUUUGCCACAUAAGCCAUCUCCCACCAUUGUAGGGUGACCCAAAAAAAAAAAAUCACCAUCAUUCAAUCAGUUGAUACUGUAAUAUGGUUUUAGGUAAAUUUUUAUACAUUUUUUCAAUAAUUUAUAUAGUAAAUUAUUUUGCACAUCACUUCUGAAAGAUAAUUUACUUCCUUGGAUGGAAUUUGAUCAUCCCAUUCCCCAUGCACUGUUUGACCUGUACAAGUUUAGCACUUCCUCCCACCUCCUCUGAUUAUAAUAAUAAUAAUCUCCAUUGGAAGGCGAAAAAGAAUCCUUCCUUCAUAAGUCAUUCAUGUCACCAGAGGCAACUAAAAUGCCAGGAGCAAGGGGCUAGUAACCCCUUCUCCUGUAUACAUUUUACGUUUCUUCUUUUUCGGGUCGCCUUGCCUCAGUGGGAGACUGCUGUUGUGUUUAAAACACAAAAAACUUUUAUUUGUGUAUUUACAGUGUAGAACUAAUCUCUCUUUUUCAGAAUUUUCCGAAAUAUGUAUAUGCUGUAAAUUAAAUUUAAAUUUUUUAAUGAUCUCUGAAGUUCAGAAUUCUCCAGUUAUAAACAAACAUUCCAUAUAUGAGUUCAAAUUUUGGAAAAUUGGCAAUUUUUCAGGAUAAGACAGAAUAUUUUACAUAUUAUUUAAUUUAGAAUUGUCUCUGAAUAGAUUUCAAUAGAUUUCAAAUUUCAAUAGAUUCAAAUUCAAUAGAUUUCAAAUUUCAGGAAAACCCAGUUUUUUCCCAAAAUACAGAGACAGCACACUGACUUAAAUUUUUCAAAAAAAAAGUCUCUCAUAAGGAAUUUUUAGGACCAAAUAGGGAGGAAGCAUCUGACUUCUCAUACUUGGUAUUUUAAAAAAAUUGAAAACGAUAAGCAGGUAAGUCUAUCUAGGUACAGGUCCAAUGAGAAGUAAUGCUUAUUCGUGUGAUAAACACGUGCUACUUAGGAAUAAGUUGGUCACUUAAUGAACUCUUUUGUUUUAUAGUGUCACUUUGAAUACUGGAGUUAUAACUCAAUAUAACAUUGAUAAUAGUUAAAAGUGUCAUUAAGUUUGUAACAAUUGCUUGAUUGGUGCUACCAAAAAGUCUGUUUCCUCUGUACUAAUGAAGUUAAAGGUCAACUUAUUGCUUGAGUAACAUGAUGCUUUUUGGCAGCCUCUUUGACAAAUUAACUGAAUGAGCAGAGUAGAUACUCUACAUGGAAUUCAACAUGACUCACAAAAUCGUAAUAUUACAAUUGUAAAUAAAUCACGGGAUCCACUGGCCUGUGGGUUUUAAGACUCACUUACCAUGGGAUCAGGCCCCAUCCAUUCCAUGAUUUCAUGGAAUUCAAAUUUAGUGAGACUUAUAGCUAACUCUGCUACAUUUAAGUUGGUGAUAAAUAGUUUUACCUUAACUAAGUUACAUUUUUAUGAAAUGCAGUACACUGUAUUAAAAUUUAAGUUGUGAAGAUACAUACUAUUGUGUGUGAAGUUGAGAGUAUCCAACUUACCCAAUAUAUUUGAGAAUAUAGUCACUCCUCACUUAAUGACAGAGUUUCGUUCCUAAGACCACAUCGGUAAACAAAUUAUUUGCUAAGUGAGGAGCAUACUAUAAUGGUAGCGGGUUUGUGUCAACUAUCUUUGAUAUUGUUUUCAUGUCACCUUUCACCAUUUAUAACAUUUCUGCCACAUUUUUGAAUGUUUAUACAGUAGUGUACUGUAUAUUGUAAUAAACAGAAUACAGCCUCUCCUCACUUAGCGAAGUAUUCAUUUACCAACUACUCGGACUUACGACGGGCUCUCUGACCAGUAUGCAUACCUAAAUAAUGUAUAUUAGAGCUGAUUUCUUCUAUUCUGUUUAUUACAGUAUAUAGUACACUGCUGUAUAAACAUUUAAAAAUAUACCAGAAAUGUUAUAAAUGGUGCAAAGGUGACAUUAAAACAUUAUCAAAGAUGGUUGACAUAAACCCACUACCAUUAUAGUAUGCUCCUCACUUAGUGACGAAUUCAUUUACUGACGUGGUCUUAAGAACAGAACUCCGUCAUUAAG